AUGCUGCUUCUGCCACUUCUAUUACUGGCAGGUCGCUUCCCCGGUGGUGACAAUGAGGAUGCCCUCCAGGGGCCGACGUCUUACCAUGUCAUGCAGAUCUCUUCCUUUACAAACAGCACUUGGACAGAAAAUCGAGGCUCAGGCUGGCUGGAAGAUUUGGAGAUUCAUAGGUGGGAUAGUGAAGCAGGCACUGCCAUCUUCCUGAAGCCCUGGUCUAAGGGAAACUUAAGCGAUGAGGAAAUUACUGAGCUGGUGGAUCUGUUCCGGGUCUACUUCUUUGGACUCAUUCGAGAACUGCGAGACCACGUCACUGAAUUCCAGAUGCAGUACCCGUUUGAGUUGCAAGGCAUAGCAGGCUGUGAGCUGCAUUCUGGAGGUGUCAUCAAAAGCUUCUUGAGGGGAGGCUUAGCAGGGCAGGAUUUUCUGUCCCUCAGGAAUCAUUCAUGCUGGCCUGCCCCAGAAGGUGGCAUCAGUGCAAAGAAAGUAUGCACACUCAUCGAACAGUACAGAGGUAUCACUGAAAUCGUGGGGAAACUCCUCUUUGAAACCUGCCCCCGGUACCUCCUGGGCGUCCUUGAAGCUGGGAAGGCAGAGCUGCGGAGGCAAGUGAAACCCAAGGCCUGGCUGUCCAGUGGCCCCAGUCCCGGACCUGGCCAUCUGCUGCUGGUGUGCCACGUGUCUGGCUUCUACCCAAAGCCUGUGUGGGCGAGGUGGAUGCAGGGGGAGCAGGAGAAGUUGGCUCAGCGACAUGACACCCUCCCCUAUGCUGACGGGACCUGGUAUCUCCGAGUAACCCUGGACGUGGCAGCUGGGGAGGCGUCUGGCCUGUCCUGUCGGGUGAAGCACAGCAGUCUAGGAAACGAAGACAUCAUCCUCUACUGGGGACGCUCCAUCUCCAUUGGAAUGAUAUUUUUGGCAAUAAUAAUGUCCGGCUUAAUCUUUUUGUUGCUCUUGGCCUUGUGGUUUUGGAGGCGCCGGUCAUAUCAGGAUAUCCUGUAA